GUCUGGUCUGAUUUCAACAAUUUAUUAUCCUGGUGAAAGGGUACAAGGCUGCUCAACCUGGGUAGAUGGAUGUUGGGUUUUACUGGGGGCGUUUCCAGCUUUGUUAUUCCAGUAUAUGUAGCAGAAUUUACACCCAAAAAUUUCAGAGGAGGGUUUGUGAUUCUCCAUGUGUUAAUGAUAACAGUCGGAGCAUCAGCAGCCUUUCUCAUAGGACUAAUCACGUCUUGGCGUACUUUAGCUCUUAUUGGAAUGAUUCCGAAUCUUGUACAGAUAGUCGGUGUACUCUUCAUUCCAGAAUCUCCUAGAUGGCUGAUGAUGAUGGGUAAAAAUAAGGAGUUUGAAGCAGCCUUGCAGUGUUUUAGGGGAGGUUUUGUUGACAUCUCUCAGGAAGCAGCUGAUAUAAGGGACUCUGCUGAAACCCUUGAUCAAAUAGAAAAAGUUAGCACCCUACAACUGUUUCAGAGGAAAUAUGCUUAUGCACACACAGUGGGAAUCGGUCUGUCAGCACUAGGCGGCCUUGUUGGUUUAAAUGGGAUCAUGUUCUACGCCGGCUCUAUAUUCGAAUCAGCGGGCUUUCCAGUUAAAGUGGGAACUGCAGCAGUGGCCUUUUUCCAGCUUCCAAGUGUGGUUUUGGGUGUAAUUCUGAUGGAUAAAUGUGGGAGGCGUCCUCUUAUUAUGAUUUCAGCAGCUGGUAUUUUCUUAGGUUGCUCUCUGACAGGGGUCGCAUUUCUGUUUAAGGAGCAUCAUUUCCUGGGUGGUUUCAGUCCUUGUAUUGCUCUAAUUGGCAUAUUGAUGUAUGUUGCUUUUUAUCCAAUUGGCGUAGGGGGAGGAACUUGUAUUAUUAUUUCAGAGAUAUACCCCUUGAACAUAAAAGGGUCAGCAGGCAGUAUUGCUGCUGUAGUAUCGAGUCUAUCAUCGUGGAUUGUUUCGUAUGCUUUUAACUUCUCUAUGGAAUGGAGUUCUUCAGGGACAUUUUUUGUAAUGGCGGGUGUUUGUGUGUUUACACUAAUAUUUGUGGCGAAAUUGGUGCCGGAGACAAAAGGAAGGACACUCGAAGAAGUUCAUAUGACAAUGAGUAAUGCUUGGCAAUGAAUAAUGAAUAAUGAAUAAUGAUGCUUAACUGGUGUUCAGUUAUAUUGGAUAAUGUAUUGCUCACAUGGUAUACGCAACCUGAUGGUGAUGAAGCGUGUGUCCAAAUAGCUCAGUCAUUGCGUACCAUGAGUUGACAAAGAUCAAGAGAAGAGAUUACUAGUUUGUUUUUUGUAACUUGUAAGGGUCGUAAAUGGCCCUAAUAGUUUGUUGUUGUUCAUGUACUACUUUGCAGUCUCCGUUUGAAUUAAUGUAGGUUGAACUUAUGUCAAAAUAAAAAAUACGGAGAAAGUUAUUGUAAAUUCGUAGGUAAUGCUAUUUGGAAAUAAAAGAAAUUCCAACUCAA